AUGACUUCAAUCACUUCAAGUCAAUCUCUGGUUCUGGAUCUCCCACCGAGCUGCAUCGAGUUUUGUCCAACAUCUCGUGACUAUUUCGUCGUUGGCACAUAUUUUCUGGAGAAGAAAGAGCAAGAUGCAAGUGUUGAAAAUGCUACGGGAGAGGAGGAAGAGAAGAGUGAAGAUACAGACAAGAAACCCCAAACUAGAACUGGUUCGUUGAUUUUGUUCAAAAUCGAGGGUGAUGAGGUUAAACUCAUCUCAACAACACCAACUCCCUACGCCAUCCUCGACAUACAUUUUUCACCCCACGAUCCUACACUCCUAGCAGUGGCAGCAUCAACGGGAGCUGUCCAACUCUUCCGGUUCUCUGCUUCGUCUCCCGCACUCUCCCCACUUUCCACGUAUCAGUUCUUCUCACCAGAGAUUUUGGUCUUGUCGCUCGCUUGGCAUCCUACGUCUUCACAUAUCCUGGGCGUCACGGCUUCGAAUGGUGGUGUGUAUACUGUGGACGUUUCCGUAGCGGAAACAGGAGCACAAGACACAGCCAAAGAAAUCCUGGUCCAUGAGUUAGAAGCUUGGACUCUUGCUUUUUCGCAUACGGGAAAGGAAGUUUGGUCUGGUGGCGAUGAUGCUACGUUGAGAUUCUCAACUUUACCUCCCUUCUCUACCUCUGAGGAAGAAGAAAACUUCCUCCCAACUCAAUGGCAAGACCGUCGCGCCCACAACGCAGGCGUAACAGCCAUCCUGCCCCUGGCCAACGAACCCAACAUUUUAAUCACAGGAAGUUACGACGACAACAUUCGCAUUCUUUCCUGUCCCCAAAUCGGCAGGAAACAAGUUCUGGCAGAGGAAAACCUUGAAGGCGGUGUCUGGCGCCUUAAACUCCUUACUUCCUCACCCAACGAUGGCAAGUAUAUGGUUCUGGCAUCUUGCAUGCAUGCAGGUACGAGGAUCGUUGCUGUGACGAAGGAUGAAGGUGGUGAGUGGGGCAUUGAGGUAUUGGCGAGGUUUGAAGAACACAAGAGUAUGAAUUAUGGUAGUGAUGUGCAGCCGGGAUCUACAGAUGGUGGAGAGCAGACUGUCAUCUCGACGAGCUUCUAUGAUAAGCUGUUAUGUUUGUGGAGGUUUGAUCUGUCUUGA